AAUUCUUAUCAUAAAAGUUGACUUCAUAACGUUUCCGUAAAGUAUGUUCACUUUGCGAAUUGCUUAGAACUCGCAUUACGUAGUAGAUAUGCGGUGUUCAUAAACUACUCGUUAAUUAUAGGUGUUAGAAGGCAGCAUUUGAAUCAAUUCAAACCUGUUUAAAUUGACCUUUUCACUAGAGAGGAGAGCGUGAGCAACUUUCUGCUAGAUUGAUUGAAGUUAACCCAAUCCAUUCAAUAUUUAGUAAUUAUCCAAAAUACCGAAGAUGGUGUAGUAAAAUUGACUAGGUCGAGUAUUAUUUCAAGUGUAUUAUAAUUAAGAAAUAUCACUCAUAUCGCCCAUCGCUAAGUCUUGGCGUGUGGUGGAUUGUGCGACUCGAGCUUAAAAUGUUCACUGCGACGGCUUCUCAGUUGAGUCUUGGUCAAAGCCAGCUGCUUCACUGCCGCUCAUAUUCUCAAGCAAUAUGAUGCACAAUUUCGCUCUGGGAACAUGGUUUUGCCUGCUGUUUGUGUCGCCAAUGUUGGGCAUCCGUUUAAAGCCCUGCGAAUUGGCUGGGCAACUUUACAUAUUGGAUGUGCCGAAAGAGGAAUUGGCCAAGUGGCUGUGCAUAGCCGAUUUUGAGAGUCGCUUCAACACGCAUGUUGUGGGGCAAAGCAAUGCGGAUGGCUCCAAGGACUACGGCCUCUUCCAAAUCAGCGAUCGAUACUGGUGUGCUCCGCCCUCAAACACAUCUUACUACGCCUUCAACGGGUGCAACGUCAAUUGCAACGAGCUGCUCAUCGACGAUAUCACAGCGGCAGUUCGUUGUGCUCAACUUAUCAGAAAGCAACAGGGCUGGACGGCUUGGUCGGUAUUCCCGCAGUUCUGCAACGGAACACUUGUCGACCCGGACGAGUGCUUCCAAAACGACCAAAGCGGCCGCAGUCAAUCUAAUUCCACUGAAAUCCCAGAUAAUGCAACGGGUUCAACUACAGAGACAAGCAUGGAGGAGAAUACGACGAUUGUCGUGAAGGGAAUGGAAUGAGAUUAUUAUUAUUAUUGUAGCAUUAUGAUAUCAUAACCAUAUUUAUAUUUUUAAUUUGCAUAAUUACACCAGAAAAUUAAACUAUAGAUAGAAGCAUGUGUUGGUUUUUUUAUUAAGCAUAUGUUGAUAAGGCAAAAAAGCAGUUUCUUCUGCUGUUUAUUCUAUAACUUUAUGGG